UGAAAAGCUCUGUACAGGAAGCUUAUGGUCAGGCUUAGCCAGCUGUGGUGUGAAAGUGGGUCGAGGAGGAAAGACGAGUAAAUAGUAAAGAGGAAAAAAGGGCUGAGCGUUUUGAGUGAGUGUGUGUGUGUUUUUAGCCGAGGUCCAGGAAGUCUGAAACCGCUACGUUUGCAAAAACGAUGAGGAAUAGUGGAUGGACGGGAAAAAAAUCCAACCGGUUAACCUUUGAACCGUCUUCCUUUGUCUUCACAAGAAGUCACAAGACAAACUCCCGUAACGUUUCACGAAUGACAGCCCUAACGAGACGACACGUUCAGAAACAAGCGCGAAGGACGACACGCACAUCAUGUCCUCUGUGUAUUUCAGUCCAGGGUCAGAUUCAGGUGUAAAUGGAAACACUGCAAAGAUGGAGGACGCUAAAGUGGAGAUUGACGAUGGAAAGGAUGAGAGUGUGGUACCAGAUACAAUGUAUCACAAUAUCCGGAAGAAGAUUGCGCCUUUUGUUAUGUCCUUUGGAUUUCGUAUAUUUGGAGUGAUACUGAUCCUAGUGGACUUUGUGCUGGUGAUCGUGGACCUGUCACUGCCAGCCAAGAGCAGAGAGCUUGGGGAUACGUUGGAGGCUGUGUCCCUCACCAUCUCCUUCUUCUUUCUCCUUGACGUUCUCCUGCGGGUCUAUGUGGAAGGGUUCAAAGCUUACUUCAGCUCCAAGCUGAACAUCAUAGACGCCGGCGUUGUGGUUGUCACGCUGGUGGUCACCAUGAUCUACACUUUCACUGACCUGUCAGGAGCCAGUCUCAUCCCCAGGGUGGUGACGUUUCUUCGUUUCCUGAGAAUAAUAAUCCUGGUGAGAGUUUUCAGACUGGCAGCUCAGAGGAAAGAGCUGGAGAAGGUCACAAGGAGGAUGGUUUCGGAGAAUAAGCGGCGUUAUCAGAAGGAUGGAUUUGACCUUGAUCUUACCUAUGUCACAGACCGCGUCAUCGCCAUGUCUUUCCCCUCCUCCGGGAAGCAGUCAUUUUACAGGAAUCCAAUCAAGGAAGUGGCGAGGUUCCUAGACACUAAACAUGAAGACCACUAUAAAGUUUACAAUCUGUGCAGUGAGAAAGGCUACGACCCCCAGUUCUUCCACUACAGGGUUGAACGGGUGUUCAUUGACGACCACAACGUCCCCUCCUUAGAGGACAUGCUGAAAUACACAGCCAGCGUGCGGGAGUGGAUGUCUGCUCAUCCCAAAAACAUCAUUGCCAUUCACUGUAAAGGAGGGAAAGGACGCACAGGUACUAUGGUGUGCACCUGGUUUAUUGACAGUGACCAGUUUGAGAGUGCACAGGAGAGUCUGGAGUAUUUUGGUGAGAGGAGGACAGACAAGAGUCAGAGCUCCAAGUUUCAGGGAGUGGAGACUCCCUCUCAGAGCCGGUACGUGGGCUAUUACGAGAUCAUGAAGUCCAAGUUCAACAGACAACUACCUCCACCUAAAAGCCUCCGGAUCAAGAGCAUCCGCAUCCAUUCCAUAGCAGGUGUGGGUAAAGGUGAUGGCAGUGAUCUCAAGGUGAAGAUAAUUGUGAAGAAAGAGCUGGUAUUUCAAUGUGUGUGUGCCAAACAGGAAAACUGCAAAGUAUUUCCUGAUGUGGGCAGCAAUGCAGCAGUCAUCAGCCUACAGGACGGGCCUGUGGUUGAAGGGGAUGUUAAAGUCAUGUUUGAAUCAAGUGCUGGUCUUCCAAAAGGAUACGAAGAUGUUCCAUUCUACUUCUGGUUCAAUACCUCCUUCAUAGAGGAGAACAAGCUGUUUCUACCCAGAGAAGAGCUGGACAACCCACACAAACCAAAAACCUGGGACCUGUACAAGGAGGACUUUGGUGUCACCAUGUUCUUCUCAGAACCAUAACAAAAGCCCAUUUAGGAGAAUUAAACGGCUUGUUACAGUUGAACCUUUAAUGAUGGAUGGUGAGCAGCGAUUGGUAGAUUGACCACUAACUGAAGAUAUGAAUGAGAGCUAUAAAAUAAAAUGUGUUAAAAUGCUGUUGUAAGUAAUGGGGACCUCCACUGAAUCAAAUCAUGUAGACUGCAGUGUUGCUAUGAUGAGUCAUGGCACUGAAACUGAAAUUUAAAAUGCAAAGUAUGUGAAGAAUUCCCAUUAAUUACCUAGUCAUGUCUUCCAGUGAAUCAGCUGAUACAUGCGUAGUGACUCUU